ACAGUAAAGCAGGAGGAGGACCGUGGAUGUGACACGCUUACUGAGAGAAAACAACCAGGCCAGCAGCAGCAGCAGCAGCAGGACACCAUGAUCCGGUUCCCACGUCGCGUUUAACCCGCUCGAUCGGACAUCGGAUUGUUGUCUAUCUAUUCCCCCCUUUUACUCGAUCCUUAUCCGCGGUGGUGUCACCAUGGUGGAGCAAUCGGACCAAGCUGCGCUUUUGGACUGGGAGGAAAUUCCACCGAGCGAUCCGACCCGGGCGGUUCCUGCGCCUCCUCCCCGGGAAGACGCAGCUCCGGCGGGGAAAGCCACUCUCUCAGCCGGGCGUUUACCCGCAGAGGAUGCAGCUCUUCCGCGUGGAAACAGCCCCAACAACACCCUCGCCGCCGCCGCUGUCAGGGACGCGCCCGUUGCUGCAGGAGGCAGAAAUGGAAGCCCGGGCCAGACACAGACCAUCGGCCACAUACGGGACCGUCUGGAGCCUGUCAACAACGUCUGCGCGCUGCCGUAUCCCGGCCUCGGAGUGAGGGAUCAGUGGGAGGAGAAGGACCAGAUCGUGGCAGUGUUUGUGGUUACGUUUGACACAAGAUCCGGAAACAUGGUGGAAUGGUGCUUGCCUCAUGACGUCAAUCUAGAUGGAGUAGAGUUCAAGUCGAUGGCGAGCGGUUCCCAUCGCAUCACCAGCGACUUCAUUUAUUUCCGUAAAGGCUGUUAUUUUGGUCUGGCGUGUUUUGCCAACAUGCCUGUGGAGAGCGAGUUGGAGCGAGGAGCGAGGAUGAAGUCGGUGGGAAUCCUCUCCCCCUCCUACACGCUACUCUACCGCUACAUGCACUUCCUGGAGAACCAAGUCAGACAUCAGCUGCAGUGUCCGGGUCAGUAUUCUCCACUGGAGGCCUUCUAUGAAGAUAAGAAGGCAGUUCUUCCCCCGACAGGAAAUGGUUCUGUCACCGCGUGCCCCACCUGGAGCGUCACCAAUAUCAACCGCUGCAUGCAUCCGGAAAUGAAGAUCACCCACCCGGCUGGCUGCAUGUCCCAGUUCAUCCAGUUUUUCGGGGAGCAGAUAAUGGUGCUGUGGAAGUUUGCGCUCCUCAGGAAGAGGAUCCUCAUCUUCUCUCCACCCCCCGUUGGUGUGGUGUGCUACAGAGUAUAUUGCUGUUGCUGUCUAGCCAAUGUCUCUCUGCCUGGAAUCGGCGGGACUAUUCCUGAACUACGACCCUUCUUCUACAUCAACAUUGCCGACAUCACUGCUCUGGAAACAGAGAUGUCGUACGUGGCCUGCACCACUGAGAAGAUCUUUGAGGAGAAGAAGGAUCUGUAUGACGUCUACGUUAAUAAUCAGAAUGUGAAAACGCACCGCAGCCAGUUGCAGCCGCUGCUGCGACUGAACGCCGCUGAUAAGGAGAAAUACAGGAAGCUGAGUGAACAGAGGCAAUUGCUGCUGUAUUCUCAGGAGGUUGAUGCCAACUGCACUUCAAAUGAGGAGGAUCUGUUCAUUCUGUUCUUCAUGGAACUCAACAACCGAAUCUUCCAGACCUUGUCUGAGGUGGCGGUGAGUGCUGAGCCCACCCUGACGGCUGAGCAUGUGAGAGCCAUGGGGCUGGACCCCAUGGCAGACCAGGCCUUCCUGAUGGCCCUGUUGGACGUGUACGGUUAUGACGUCACUCUUGUCAUCGACAACCUCUGCUGUUCCUAAAUCUCUAGGACGUCACUGGACUCACACACAGACACUGAAGACCACUGCCUUCUUCACCCUAGGGCCUCCUCUGCCACCCACCAUUCUAACCAUGGAGACUGUUGAUGGACAGGAAGGGUGAAUGCAGUUAUCACGCAACGGUUAUCAGUGCUGUUGUGCGGCUCUCGGCACUAUCAAAGACUUUCACAUCCUGUGUCACUCAUAACAUUCUUUCUGUAAAAAAACGCCUUCUUUUUCAUCGUGUUUCUGGCUGGUGUAGUCACGACUACGCUUCUCAGAUGACUGAAACUGCAAUAGCUUCAAAACAAUUCAUCACUGAAGGUUUAAGUAUUUUUGCUUGAAAGCAAUAUGUUUGUGUUUCCCUGAAAUGACUUUUUUUUGUUGUUUUGCUCAGUUUUUUUUACAAGUAAAAGUGUGUAGUAGUGUAAUCAUGUGUUGCUCCUUUCACUGUGAAAACGGUGUAGUUGCUGUCUGUGUGUGAUGUCAUUGCGGUUGCUAUAAGUCUUCUUCUGCUGAAGUAUUUUCACUUGAGAAUGUGAAUCUGUAACACUAUUCUGCCACAGAUGCUGCACCAAGUCCACCACUGGAUCACGUCUUCAUGCGCAUAGCGACCAUCUUUUUUUUUUCCCCCAUAUAUUUUUGUCCAUCAAAUUGUUUGUGCUACACAGAUCAACUCUCCAAAAGUCAUUACCUUCUUUCAUCCUUGUGACAACAGUUCUGUGAUCUGCUUCUCCCCGGCGUUAACAAAGAUCCCUCUGUGCUAUUUGAGAUCUGCUGAUGUCAUAUUAGUGGCUGAGCCAAAUGUCUGACUCAACCCUAAUCGACAAAAGACUGUCACUUCAUCUGUUUUUUUUUUUUUGCGUCGUCUAUUAUUAGCAUCUUAUUUAGCGAUUCCAGCUCUCGAGAUGGACCAAUCGUGUCGGGAACAUCCUGUUGCCAUUCUGGGGAGAUCAAUUGUUUCAUGUUGGAACACUCAAGCCCAGCGAAGUGGCCUUCUUAAAAUCCAAAUGUGCAAUCUUUAAUGUUGAAGAAAUGAGUUUAUGAUGAUGAAAUACUGAUUUAUAGAUGACUGAUGGAGCAGGUGCUGCAUCUCAUCCCUGGAAGAUGUUUACUGCAUUAACUGUGUUUGAAAAAAAAGAAGCCUUAUAUGUGACUUUUUAAGAAAUAUGACUGAAUCUUUACUGUUGGCUGGCGGAUCAUGUCGCUGUCCUCAGCACUUCCCGGUGACCUACAGUCACUGAUAAAUGUUGACACUGACUUGUCAGCUGACUCGACCUGUUGCCUCUGAUACUGUUUGCAUUGCAGGUGUGAAGAGAGGGAGGGAGUGUACACAAGACGACACACGUUUCUGUAUAAAAUGCCUUCUUUGUUGCUCACAGGUGCAUACCAGCUCAAUGGUUUCUGAAUAGUAUCACAACUGAAUGUCCCAAUAUGGCAAAAACAUUACACAUACGAACAUGCUUAUCAAUACCUGUUAUCUUAGUCUCACUUUUACUAAUGUAAAACAACUAAUGUCCACGUGAACUCAAUAGCAUGAGCAACCGUCUGCUUCACUGUACUGCCAGUAACAACAAUAAAUCAAUGAUU